AUGACAUCCCGAAUUUCCAGACUAGAUCGGCAAGUAAUAUUAGUAGAAACUGGAUCAACACAGGCCGUGCGUAAUGUAGCCGCCGACCAAUUAGGUGAUUUAGCAAAGCAACACCCUGAGGAAAUUUUAUCAUUAUUAUCAAGAGUAUACCCCUAUCUAAUGAGUAAAAAAUGGGAAACUCGUGUAACGGCGGCUAGGGCAGUCGGUGGCAUUGUAUCACAUGCAAAAAUUUGGAAUCCAAAUGAAGAUGAUUCGAGUAAUGAACUACAGCUGAAAGAAAAUCCUACGGUUAAAAAUGAAGACAGUGGCAAUGUUAAGUUAGAGGAAGACGUUUCGUUAAAACUGGAGGAGUUGGAGAAUAGCAACAUGUACAGUUUAUCAGAGUGGAAUUUGGGGGAGAUACUUAAGUCUGAGAAGACGUUGUUGGCGGCGAAUCUCGAUGACUACAACGCUAAGGACCCAGAGACGAAGAAACAGCAAGUUUGCGCGGAUUACUACGCUGAGUCUCGCGACGUCAAGAGGGAGAGCUCUGAGCCGCCUGGGUCGCCUACUAGUUCUAAGACGAGUGCGAGAAUGAUGGCGAUGGCUAAAAGAAGACGUAAGAUUCAAGCCAAGUCGACCUCUAAGAAGCCUUUGGAGCUUGCUCAAACCUCGGUGUCGCGAACGGUUGCAAACGCAGAAAAUAGCACUAAUGGUAAUGAAACUGCGCAGAAUACGGAGCACAAAAGCCCUUCGGAACUAGAGGCAAUGCAGCUUCAUAAUCCGAAAAUGGAGAUAACGGAGCAGACGGGCUCGAGCAAAAUUAUGAUAGAAUCUGUAGUAGCGCCACUUCUCGAGCGCCAGCAGCGAGUGAGCGGCCUUGUGUGGCAAUUUCAGGAAAUUUUCGAGCUGUUGCUAGAGAAUUUGAUGCACGAGUCGUGGGAAUGCAGACAUGGGGCCUCUCUAGGCAUAAGAGAGAUUGUCAAGAGGCAUGGUAAAGCAAUUGGGCGGAUAUGGGGUAAAACUAAAGAAGAGAAUGAUGCCAGAAAUGUACGAGCAUUGGAGGACCUAGCAGCACGUCUUCUCACUAUAUUUGCCCUUGAUCGGUUUGGGGAUUUUGUUAACGAUACAGUUGUGGCCCCUGUUAGGGAGUCAGCCACCCAGGCGCUUGGUGCGCUUCUUAUACACUUGGAUGACUCCCUUUCGGUGAGGAUAUUUAAUGCAUUAGAAGAGCUAGUAUUGCAGGACCCCAAAAAAUUAGGUUCUCCAAACAAAAUAUGGGAAGCUACACAUGGUGGACUUUUAGGUAUACGGUAUUUUGUUUCGAUUAAGACGGAUUUACUUUUUAAGAGGCAAAUGUUAGACAAUGUAGUGAAGAUUGUUUUAUAUGGGUUGAACGAAAGAGACGAUGAUGUCCAGAGUGUGGCAGCUGCAAUCUUAACUCCUGUCACUUCGGAAUUUAUCAAGCUCGAUUCAUCAACGAUAGACAUGGUGGUCUCAGCAAUAUGGAAUUCCUUAGACCAUUUAGAUGAUGACUUAUCCUCCAGUGUUGCAUCGGUAAUGGAUUUAUUGGCAAAGCUUUGUCAACAUCAGGAGGUAUUAGAUGUUUUGUAUAAAAAAGCAUCUGUCCAGCCAGCAGAGUGGUCUUUUAAAGCUCUCGUACCAAAGCUAUACCCAUUUUUAAGAAACUCUAUUACGAAUGUGAGACGUUCAGUGUUAAAUCUUUUUAAGGCAUUUCUAUCUAUUAAGGAUGAGAUGGCAAAGCAUUGGAUACAUGCCAAGAAUUUUAGGUUGCUUUUCCAAAAUUUACUAUUGGAACAACACGAUGAUAUCCUUCAACUUUCUUUCGAGGUAUAUUGUAAGAUGCUUUCAGAAUAUAAACUAAAAAGCUCUGACAAAACAUUGGACCAUAUAUUCAGUAAACAUUUGGCACCUAUUUUACAUUUGUUAAUCACGCCAAUAGGAGAGCAGGGCAAAAAUUAUAAUAUGGAAACUCAGUAUAUUCUAAAACCAUCCCAGCAUUAUCAAUUUAGUUCUGAAAGAAAGAGAUCCAACAUGAUGACAAUGGAUAAGUCUCAUAUCCCCGCGCCUGUUAGGAGUGAACAUGUUAAUAUAGAUGCUUUGAUGAUAGCUGGUGAUGUGACGCUGUUAGGCUCGGAUGUGAUUUUUAAGACAAGAGUGUUAGCUGCGAAGGCAUUGGGUCAUACUUUAGCCUCAUUUCAAGAGUCCACAGUGAAGUCGUUCCUGGAGACUGCUCUCUUAAGUUGUUUAGAUUUGCCUUACGCGACUCCGAGGAUGUUAGUGGCUAUUAUUGUCGCGGAAUAUUGUUCCGAAUGGUUAAAACAACAUGAUCGUGCAUCCACAGUUCCCGCAUUUGUUUCAAGUAAUUUCAGUAGAAUAUUCAUGGAACAUUUAUCAGAUCCGUCAACGUUACCAGUAUUUAGAGAGUUAGUCCCAAGUUUAAAAGCAUUACGAACACAGUGUCAAGGGUUACUUACUACAUUUGUUGAUGUCGGUAUGUUGCCUCCACAGCGGUUGCCGCAGCUUGCUAUUAUUGUUAAAGGUGAAGCUGAGGCUGGGCCAGAAGCAUUUUACAUUGAGACAGCGGAGAAAGUCUAUAAUGAGUACUACGAAAAAAUGUUUAACUCUUUAUCGAACUCUAACAAACUGUUGGCAAAAAAACCAUUGGAAGACGCUGGGUAUCGUGUACAUCAAGCUAUCGAAUCAGCAAAAGAAGCAAGUAUAGCGCGUAAUUCUCACGUUCUAGCAAGUUAUGCAUCGGCCACGUUGUUAUUUGAUGGCCUACCUAAGAAGUUGAAUCCAGUCAUUCGUUCCCUAAUGGAUAGCAUUAAAGAAGAGAAGUUUGAGGUGUUACAGUAUAGAUCAGGGGACUCUAUUGUUUACCUUAUUACUGAAUUGGUUAAAAACCAGAAAAUUAAUGUUGCGAACAAGGUUGUUAAAAACUUAUGUGGUUUCUUAUGUGUGGAUACAGCAGAAGUUCCUGAGUUUGCUGUUGAUCAUAUUUAUACGGAUUCUAUUUUAACUUUACUAAAGGAAUCAACAAUCUUAGCGGUGCAGGAUAACGCUGCUGUAAAAAAGUUGGCUGAGGAAGCACACAUAAAGAGAAGAGGAGCGCUUUACACACUAAGUCAUUUGUUUGAAAAGUUAGGUGCUGAGGCACUUAACUCGGUACCUCAAUUAAAGCAUUCCAUUUUCGAUCCAAUCGACUCCACCUGCAAAUUGGAAGAUAAUAGCGGUGAAGUUGAUUUUACACUCGGUCAAAAGAUAGUUGAUGCAUUAGGUGUUUUGAGAGCACUCUUUAAUUAUAUGGACUCACAACUUCAAGAAGAGUAUAUUUUCUCGAAGUUGCCAAAUAUGUUAGCAUAUUUACGGUCGAAGUAUUCUGUCAUACGUUAUGCUGCAGCAAGAACGCUUUCAUCUUUGGCUAGUACUAAUCCAAUUCGAGUGAUGCCCUUCAUUAUCAAGCGGGUAUUGCCAUUAGUUAAUAAUGCAGGCUCGAUUACUGACCGACAAAGUGGUGUGGAGUUAAUUUACCAUCUUUGCGAAUCUAUGGGCACUGAAAUUUUGCCAUACAUUGUUUUCUUGGUUGUUCCACUAUUGGGUAGGAUGAGUGAUUAUAACGGUGACGUUAGAAACCUCGCUACCACUACCUUCGCGUCCAUCAUUAAGUUGGUACCUUUGGAAGAAGGUAUCUCAGAUCCUAAGGGGUUGCCACAGGAUUUAUUAGAAGGACGAGAAAAGGAAAGAGAUUUCAUUCAACAAAUGAUGGACCCUUCGAAGGCCAAACCUUUCAACUUGCCUGUAGCAGUAAAGGCUACAUUGAGGAAAUAUCAACAAGACGGUAUAAACUGGUUAGCCUUUUUGAAUAAAUAUCACCUUCACGGUAUUUUGUGUGAUGAUAUGGGUUUAGGAAAAACAUUGCAAACGAUUUGUAUCAUUGCAAGUGAUCAAUAUUUGAGGCAACAAGAAUAUAAUAAGACAAAAUCUGUUGAAAAAACUCCACUAGCCUCGUUAAUUGUCUGUCCGCCUUCACUUACUGGUCAUUGGGAGCAAGAAAUAGAACAGUAUGCACCUUUCCUAAAGGUUUUAGUUUACGCUGGUGGUCCAUCUGCCAGGUUUCCAUUGCGUGAAAAGCUAGGCGAAGCUGAUAUUGUCGUUACAUCUUACGAUGUGACUAGAAAUGAUAUAGAUAUCAUUACUAAAUAUGAAUACAACUAUUGUGUGUUGGACGAAGGACAUAUUAUCAAAAACUCACAAUCAAAGCUAGCGAAAGCUGUAAAGUUAAUAAGAGCCAAUCACAGAUUGAUAUUAACAGGUACUCCAAUUCAAAAUAACGUUGUUGAACUUUGGUCGUUAUUUGACUUCCUAAUGCCAGGUUUCCUUGGUUCUGAAAAAGCUUUCCAGGAGAGGUUUGCGAAGCCAAUAGCAGCAUCCAGAAAUAGUAAAUCAUCCUCCAAGGAGCAGGAAGCUGGUGCUUUGGCAUUAGAAGCACUUCAUAAACAAGUGUUGCCAUUCAUGUUGAGAAGGUUGAAGGAGGACGUAUUAUCGGACUUGCCACCUAAAAUCAUUCAGGACUAUUAUUGUGAGCUAAGCGAUCUUCAACGACAAUUGUACAAAGAUUUCGCUAAGAAGCAAAAGAAUAUUGUUGAAAAGGAUAUUGAAAAUCCGGUAGAAAUAGAAAACAAACAGCAUAUCUUCCAAGCCCUCCAGUACAUGAGAAAAUUGUGCAAUCACCCGUCUUUGAUUUUGAAUAAGGAACAUCCUCAAUAUGAUGAAGUUGAAGCUUAUCUUGCUGAGACAGGGACGGAUUUACAUGACAUUGCUCACGCACCAAAACUAGGCGCAUUAAGGAAUUUGCUAUUGGAAUGUGGUAUUGGUAUACAAGAUGUUGACAACGGCAGUAACUCUAUGACUGGCACUGAAAGUGUUAUAUCCCAACACCGUGCUUUGAUUUUUUGUCAAUUGAAAGAUAUGCUUGAUAUGGUAGAGAAUGAUCUACUACGCAAGUAUAUGCCAUCGGUAACUUACAUGCGUUUGGACGGAAGCGUUGAGUCGCGGGAUAGGCAAAAAGUUGUGCGUACUUUUAACGAAGAUCCGUCGAUAGAUUGUUUAUUAUUAACCACUAAAGUUGGUGGUUUAGGCUUAAACUUAACAGGAGCAGAUACUGUUAUAUUCAUAGAACAUGAUUGGAACCCAAUGAAUGACUUACAAGCAAUGGACCGUGCACAUAGAUUGGGUCAAAAGAAAGUGGUUAAUGUCUACAGAAUUAUCACAAAAGGGUCUUUAGAAGAGAAGAUUAUGGGAUUACAAAAGUUUAAGAUGAAUAUUGCAUCCACAGUGGUUAACCAACAAAACGCUGGUUUAGCAUCCAUGGAUACUCACCAAUUGCUAGAUUUAUUCGAUACUGAUAGCGCUGCUGCUCAGCAUGGAGAAGAAAAGCCAGCAACUACCACAGAUGAGGUGGCAAAUGAGACCGGAUUGACAGGAAAGGCUAAGGAAGCUGUUACUGAGUUAAAGGAAUUAUGGGAUUCUUCUCAAUACGAGGAAGAGUACAAUUUGGACAAUUUUAUCAAAACCUUACGCUGA